CACACAUGUCUACUUGCGUGCAGUAUAAAACAUAUACGUGCAAUGUUGAGUUUUACAUUAGGGCGUCAAGUUAUUUUGCUGUAAAUAAAACUUCUUACCUUUAUGAAAUAUUAUAUAGAAAAAUAAUUAUUUUAAAGUGAUAACGUGACUCUUUACGACCGUGUACAUACAUUCUCGCGAUAGUAACUUAGUUAAGCUCUCCUGAAAAAAACUGGCGAACACGAUUCACUGACAUCGUUGCUCGUGCCGACUUAUUAGUGGUAUGUCGUCGAGCGAGUGAAAGACACGCAGUUUUCUACUGUUUGAUGCCUUUUAUCCUGCAACUUGGCAAAACUGUCUGACGGUGAAUAAUGUCGACUAAUUUGAAUAAGAACAUCCUUGAUCGGAGUUACAUUUACAAACAUUAACUGCAACGCUGUAACAUGUCGCUAUAAGGAAUAAUGAAACGAGUUACGAGGAAGAAAAAAUUCUUUAAAAGAUUUCGACUUAAUUGGAGCAAAUUAUGUUUCUUUUAACGGUCAGUCGAACUUAAAUUGCAGGAAUACUGAUGAUUGUUGAUGAUUUUUAAUUACCGCGAGAGAACACCUGUGAAACCCGUAUCAGAGAUAGCGCAACGGAUCAUGAAUGUGGUCAGCAUAGCAGAGAGGCGGUGUCGAGAAGGUGGUUGACACGCCUUCGUAUUUUUGAAAUGAUUGAAAGCGUAUCACGAAGAGCGUUGAGUGGCUCCAGUGGGAGCUACCACGUUCGUGGUGCUGAAUUAGCAAGGAAUCGUAGAUUGAAAUCUCUUUCUGCUACUGUUGUCUUCCUCGAUGACACACAACACACAUUUCAACUAGAUAAAAGAGCAAAAGGACAAACAUUACUAGAUUUAGUAUUUCAACAUUUAGAACUUGUUGAAAAAGAUUAUUUUGGCUUGCAAUAUGCUGAAAAUGGUGCCACAACAUGUACAUAUUCACCGGAUGUUAUGAGAUGGUUAGAUCCUAGCAAACCAGUGAAGAAGCAGAUAAGAAGUAAGGGUGGACAAUUCUACUUCAAAGUAAAAUUUUACGUAUCUGAUCCUAGCAAAUUGCAAGAAGAAUAUACUAGAUACCAAUUUUAUUUACAAAUAAGAAGAGAUAUUCUUCAAGGAAAGCUUCAAUUACCACCAAGUACAGCAUGCCUUAUUGCUAGUUAUACUGUUCAAUCUGAGUUGGGUGACUAUCAUCCUGAAGAACAUGGACCAGGAUAUCUUUCUAGAUUGCAGUUGAUACCAGGACAAACUGAGGAAAUGGAAAAGAAAAUAGCUGAGCUACAUAAACUGCAUAAGGGUCAAUUACCAGCAGAUGCAGAAUUCAAUUUUUUAGACCAUGCAAAGAGGUUAGAUAUGUAUGGAGUAGAAUUACACAAAGCUAGAGAUUCAACAAAUAAAGAGAUACAAUUAGGUGUAACGUCUAUAGGUUUAGUAGUGUUUCAAAAUGGAAUAAAAAUCAAUGUUUUCUCAUGGUCAAAAAUAGUGAAAAUAUCAUUUAAAAGAAAACAGUUUUUUAUUCAACUGAGAAGAGAACAGUCAGAAAACUAUGAUACUCUGCUAGGCUUCAACAUGUUAACAUAUCGUAGUUCGAAAAAUUUAUGGAAAGCAUGUGUAGAACACCAUACAUUCUUCCGACUUCAUAGUCCUAAAACGAGGCCAAGGCGUUUUCCACUUACUUUGAGCAGUAGAUUUACAUAUUCAGGACGUACAGAAUUUCAAACAGUUGAAGAUGGAAAGCACCGAGCAAGAGUAGAAAGAACGUUUAUACGAUCGCCAAGUAAAAGAUUAGUACACGGAGUAACAUCAGGCCCAAUUAUCGAAGAGAAAGGAAAAUUAUCAAUGCCUCCUGGACGACCACCUAGACCAUAUGAUAACAAAGUUCAAUCUCUUGGUGCUCGUGAACCUCGUCGAGCAUGGGGUGAAGGGAAUCCUAGUGAUGAUGAAGGAGGUUUCUUAUCUCUCCGUGAAGAAAUAACGAGUUCGCAUACACAGGGCAAUGCAUUUUCGCCUGUAUUAGGUUCUAGAGUUUUAAGUUACGCCGACGAUGAUACAACUGCUGAAAGGAACAUUUAUGAUCUUCCUGACUAUAGCGAACCUACAAGUUCGCCUGCUCCUCAGAUAGUAGAAGAUGGAUUAGUUACGAUAUCUCUAACGCCAGAUGAACAAGGUCGAUUUGGAUUUAAUGUGAAAGGUGGUUUAGAUCUUGAUAUGCCUAUUUUAGUCUCGAGGGUCGCUCCAAAUACUCCCGCUGAUCGUUGUUAUCCGAAAUUAAAUGAAGGAGAUCAGGUAGUGUAUAUAAAUGGAAUUGAUGUCAGUGGUUUGUUACAUGAACAUGUAGUAAAUCUAAUUCGUCAAUCUCGUGAUUCGGGUUCCGGUGAACUGACAUUAACUGUGAGACCGAAUGCUUUAUACAAUGCUUUAGCUGGUACUGAUGAAACGUCUGAAGAAGAACCUCCAUAUAGGUAUGUUCCGGAUGCACCUCAUGCAGCUAUUGGAUCAGAUGCAUUAGCACAAUCCAUGUUGCUUCUUGCUGAUGGUCUCGCAAGCGGUGCUUUAAUCGCGCAGUAUGAACAACUCUAUAGAAAAAAUCCUGAACUUACAUCUCUCGAAUCUAAAAAGCCUGAAAACCAGAGCAAAAAUCGUUACCGAGAUAUUUCACCAUAUGAUGUUACACGGGUAAUACUUAUGGGCUCUGCAAGUGGAGAUUAUAUUAAUGCUAACUACGUAAACAUGGAAAUACCGGGAUCGGGUAUUAUCAACAGAUAUAUUGCCACUCAAGGACCUUUAUCCUCGACUGUUGCUGAUUUCUGGCAGAUGGUUCUCGAAGCAGGCAGUACUCUCGUUGUAAUGCUUACAACUUUGGUCGAACGUGGCCGAGCAAAAUGCCACCAAUAUUGGCCUGCGCUUAAUGAAACUCUUACGUUACGAAAUCUCACGCUUACGUCUACUGCUGAAAAUGUUGAAGAUACUUUUAUAUUUCGAGAAUUCAUACUCCGUGAUAUUAAUACUGGAGAAGAAAGAGAUAUAACGCACAUGCAGUAUUGCAGUUGGCCAGAUCAUGGAGUUCCCAGCGAUUGGAGACAAUUUACUACAUUUACCGAAAAAGUACGGGCAGCUCGAACGGGAAUAGUGGAGCCCGCAGUUGUUCACUGUUCUGCUGGAAUUGGCAGAACAGGUGUUUUAGUCCUAAUGGAAACGGCACUGUGUCUUAUCGAAGCGAAUCAACCCGUGUAUCCAUUAGACAUUGUGCGAUCUAUGAGAGAUCAAAGGGCAAUGAUGAUACAAAAUGCUAGUCAAUAUAGAUUUGUAUGUGAGGCGGUCCAUAAAGCUUAUAGCGAAGGAAUAGCUAAGCCACUUCCUGAAUUCAGUAGGUGAAAAUAUCACAAGUUCGAAAAGCAUUGUAAUUACCAUUCUUUUUACAUUUUAUCAAAAUAUCACAUCACUAGAGCAUAAUUUUAUAUUCUGACAAUAAUGUAUACUUACAAUAUUCAUUAAUAGGAGAGAUAUAUACACUACUAUAAAUAGGUAUUUUCUAUCCGUUACGAAUAUAUUUUUUAACUAGAAAUUAAUUACUCGAAAAACACCAUAACUUUUCACGCCUUAGAGCUUAUCCUCUUCUUAAUUUAUGUACUAACAUUUGUAAACAAUGAAAUUUCGAUAAAAUUAAGUUCAUUAAUAAGCUAAAUUUAAGCUAAUCUCAAAGUAUUAUUUGAAAUAAUUGUUUCUUAUGGCUUACUUCUGUUAUUAUUACUACGAUCAAUCCUUAUUUCUAUCCGUAAAGUAUAGGUGAAGGUAUGAAAAGUUAAACUUCAAAUGAUACUGCUAAUAUACUUUUAAAAAUUACAAAAAUCAAAUUCUUUCACUAGACAUAAUUAGUAUUUUGCUUAAUUUUAAUUAUUGCUCAUAUAGUGAAUUAAUAACAGAAACAUCUUUAUACGAAAAUUAAUAUAGCGCCUUAAACUUUGUAAAUGUUUUAGUAUAUUAGCAAAAAAUUUAGAAAUACAUGAGGUGCCAAUAUAAAAAGAUUGCCUUGAAAAGAAACCAUAAAUUAUUACGAAAUAUAUAAAUUAACACGAAAUCGAGAAAUAUCGAAUGUAUAAUCGAUCUAAGUAAGUUAUAGCAUGUGAUUGCAUAAAACAAAGCUAUGAAACAAUUUAAAAAUCAUUGAAUAUUGAUAAGAAAAUGUACACGUACUACUAUUUAUUUAUUUUAUCAUAUUGAAAGUAAUAAUAUAUUUAUAUCAUAAAAAAAUUUUAACUCCUGGCGAUUUAUUGUUAUUUUAAUCUGAUUAAAAAUAAUAUUUUUCUUAUGGCAAUUAACGUUUAAUUCCAUUUAUACAAUGUACAGUUUAGUUUCUAUUGAAAUAUCAAAAUCUAUUUGCUCGUCUUACAAAAGAGUACAAGUUUAAAUUGCAUUUUUUUGCAAUUUUAUAUGAUAAAAAAAAAUACAAUGAUAUUCUAAUGUUGAAUAAGAUUAUCUUAAAAUAAAAUUGAGAAUUACGAAGAGUUUAAUGUCCUCGCUUUAGCAACUAAUUUAAUAUAAUUUCAUACAAAACAAAAAGUGAAUCAAAUAAAGUAAUAUAUAAUAUAUUGAAAAAUAUUUCGUCCCGCGGAUAAUCUCAUUCAGAGUUUUUAAUAUUCUUUGAAUUUUCUAAUAAUGCUAACAAAAUGUACUAUUUUUUAUAAUCGUAUCAUGUGUUCUACUUUCCGCCCAUUUUUAUAAUGUUAAGAUACUUUU